GCCGUUCACAGACGAGAUUUCAGCAGAGCUCCGGGGCAGAGGAGAUGGAUCCAGCUCUAUUCAGGAGCUGUUUUUCAGGAGGACCCAACUCUGGCCACCUUGCCAGAGCUCUGAUUCAUUUAUGGGGGUGACUGUGGACUUCACAGAUGAGGAAUGGAGGCUGCUAGAUUCUGGCCAGAAGGCCUUGUGCAGAGAAGUCAUGCAGGAGAUUGCUGGGAAUAUGGCUGCCUUGGAUGAUGUUUCUGUGAAUGAGAACGGCAAGCAGGCAAGGUUAAAUCUACUUCAAAUAGAGAAGAAUGAAUUAAAAGUACUAACCCUUGGGCAUCAGAGAGACACCAAAAGGCUAAAGAGAAAACAGCCAGAAGAUAGAGGGGAGAAGUCAUUCAUUUCUCUUGGUGUUUGUGGCUUCCUAUCCCAGCAAGAUCAGAAAGAAAUGAGAAAAGGAAAAUAUAGGGAAAAAGAAAACAUAAAUUUGAAUUACAUAACUAUAGCGGAAACCAGAGUAAAGAAAAACUGCCUGCCUGUAGAUACUAUGGAGAAUAACUCCUUUGUUCCUGCUUCACCAAAGAAACUGUAUUGGAAACGCAAAUCACAUACCUCUGUAAAAUCUUUGGUGGAUUCCAGUCUGAGCAGAAAGAGAAGACUCUGCAUGCAGUGUGGAAAGAGUUUCAGUACGAAAAGUAAUCUUAAUUGCCACCAAAAGAUCCACACUGGGGAGAGACCUUAUAAAUGCAUGGAAUGUGGAAAGACAUUUACCCAGAAAGGACAUCUUAAUGAUCACCAAAGCAUCCACACUGGGGAGACACCAUAUAAAUGCAUGGAAUGUGGAAAGUUCUUUACCUGGAUAGGACAUCUUAAUCGUCACAAAAGGAUCCAUACUGGGGAGAGACCCUAUAAAUGCAUGGAAUGUGGAAAGACCUUUACCACGAAAGGAGAUCUUAAUCGUCACAAAAGGAUCCAUACUGGGGAGAGACCCUAUAAAUGCAUGGAAUGUGGAAAGACCUUUACCCAGAAAGGACAUGUUAAUCGUCAUGAAAGGAGCCACACUGGGGAGGGACCAUAUAAAUGCAUGGAAUGUGGAAAAAGUUUCAGCAGGAAAAGUAAUCUUAAUGUCCACCAAAAGAUCCACACCGGGGAAAGACCAUAUAAAUGCUUGGAAUGUGGAAAGACGUUUACCUGGAAAGAAAGUCUUAAACUUCAUGAAAGGAUCCACACUGGGGAAAGGCCGUAUAAAUGCACCCAGUGUAGAAAGAGUUUCAUUAACAACAGUAAUCUUAUUUGCCACCAAAGGAUCCACACUGGGGAGCGACCCUAUAAAUGCAUGGAAUGUGGAAAGGCCUAUACCCAGAAAGAAAAACUUAAUGAUCACGAAAGGAUCCACACUGGGGAGAGACCAUAUAAAUGCAUGGAAUGUGCAAAAACAUUUACCCGUAAAAAAACACUUAAUCGUCACGAAAGGAUCCACACUGGGGAGAGACCAUAUAAAUGCAUGGAAUGUGGAAUUACCUUUAUAUGGAAAGAACAUCUUAAUCUCCACCAAAAGAGCCACACAGGGGAGAGACCUUAUAAAUGCAUGGAAUGUGGAAAGACCUUUAUCCAGAAAGGACAGCUUAAUCUUCAUCAAAGGAUCCAUACUGGGGAGAGACCAUAUAAAUGCAUGGAAUGUGGAAUGACCUUUACCAAGAACGGAAAUCUUAAUCGUCACGAAAGGAUGCACUCUGGGGAGAGACCAUAUAAAUGCACAGACUGUGGAAAGAGUUUUACCCGAAAAGGACAUCUUAAUCUCCAUAAAAGGAUGCACACCGGAGAGAGACCAUAUAAAUGCACGGAGUGUGGAAAGAGUUUCAGCAGGAAAAGUAAUCUUAAUCGUCACAAAAGGAUCCACACUGGGGAGAGACCCUAUAAAUGCAUGGAAUGUGGAAAGACCUUUACCCAGAAAGAAAGUCUUAAUGGUCACAAAAGGAUCCACACUGGGGAGAGACCGUUUAAAUGCACCCAAUGUGCAAAGAGUUUCAUUAGCAAGAGUAAUCUUAUUUGCCACCAAAGGAUCCACACUGGGGAGCGACCCUAUAAAUGCAUGGAAUGUGGAAAGUCCUUUACCCAGAAAAAAAAACGUAAUGAGCACGAAAGGAUCCACAAUGGGGAGAGACCGUAUAAAUGCAUGGAAUGUGGAAAGACUUUUAUCCAGAAAGCAACACUUAAUCAUCACAAAAGGAUCCACACUGGGGAGGGACCAUAUAAAUGCAUGGAAUGUGGAAAGACCUUUAUUGAGAAAGGACAUUUUAGUGUUCAUCAAAGGAUCCAUACUCGGGGGAGACCGUAUAAAUGCAUGGAAU